GCGGAGUGACGAACAUGGCGUCCAGGUGCAAGCGGCGAGCCGUGGGGAAUGGGGUCCCUGGCGGCCCGGCCCAGCGCGACGAGGAAGAAGAGGAGGAUGAAGUGGAGGAGGAGGAGGAGGACGAUGACGACAGUGACGAAGACGAGGAGGAAGACGAUGAGGCCAUUGGCCAGGAAGUGAGUGUUGACUUUGAAGCCUACUGCAUCUCAGACAUGGACUAUGACGGGAUUAAGAAGUUGCUGCAUCAGCUUUUCCUGAAGGCGCCUGUGAACACCGCAGAGCUGGCCAGUGUGCUGAUCCAGCAGAAUCACAUUGGGAGCGUCAUCAAGCAAACAGACGUUUCAGAAGACAGUGAUGACGAUAUGGAUGAAGAUGAAAUUUUUGGCUUCAUAAGCCUUUUGAAUCUGACGGAAAGAAAGGGUACCCCGUGUGCCGAGCAAAUCAAAGAGCUGGUUCUAAGCCUCUGUGAAAAGAACUGUGACAGGAGUGUGGUCGCCCAGCUGGAUGAGCUGCUCAAGGACCCCAGCAAGCCCGUGGGCCUGCUGCUGAGCGAGAGGUUCAUCAACGUCCCCCCACAGAUCGCCUUGCCCAUGCACCAGCAGCUACAGAAGGAACUCGCAGAGGCGGACAAGACCAAGAAGCCAUGUGGGAAGUGCUGCUUUUACCUGCUGAUUAGUAAGACUUUUGUGGAAACAGGACAAGGCAAUUCCAGAAAGAAACGGAGCAACCAAAAGAAAGAGGAGUUAAUGUUUGCAAAUGCAGAGGAAGAAUUUUUCUACGAGAAGGCGAUCAUCAAGUUCAGCUACUCCGUGCAGGAGGACAGCGACACUUGCCUGGGAGGCCGGUGGUCUUUCGAUGAUGUUCCCAUGAAGCCCCUGAGGACUGUGAUGGUGAUUCCAGCGGACAAGAUGAACGAGAUCAUGGACAAGCUGAAAGAACACUUGUCUGUCUAGCCCGUUUGCAUGGGCCGGGUUGAGCUCGUCCUUGUCAAAAUUAUCAGAAAAGUCAGUGCAAGUUUACUGAAAAGCUCAUGACUUUAUUUAGAGUC